AUGGACAUUGUCUCGCAAUACAAGCAGAAAACUACUGCUUCCAUCAAAUCGAAAAAGACACAAACAUUAUCUCAAUAUUCGAAACGUUCAUUUAUGCAUGUCGAAUGUUGUGGAAAGAUGGUCUUUAAUUGUACAAGAAUAAUGUCUGUUCUUGCACUGAUACUAUUAAUUAUUGCAUUUAUUGUUGUAAUUAUUUACUCAAUUAUGACGUAUGCAGUUGUCAAGUGGCCUUUAUCGACGGCUCUUAUUGAAAUUGGAAAUUGUUAUCAUUAUUACAAUGAAAUGAUAAUGACAGAGUAUAUUACAGUGUUUUCAAUGAAUGGAACUUAUGCGAAAGAAUACGAAACUGCAAAGAACUCACUCAUUACUUCUCUCAAUGUUGUCUUCUCUAUUAUUUCAAGUGCCAAGUUGACCAAUUUGACCAAUGCCAACGAUAUUCCAAUAUUCAAAUUACAACAAGGUGUAGUCGAUGCAAUAGUUGCGAAAGAUUAUACCACUGCCAAUGAACUAUUCAAUCAACCAGAACAUUUAGAAGGGAUGGACACAUUCCUGAGCUCAUAUGUUAAUUUUUUGCAAGAUAUUAAGAAUAUUAGUGCAAAUCAGGAUCAGACGAUUCAAAGUUCAACCUCCACACAGAUUAUUGUGAUUGCUGUUUGUCUUGCAUUGACCUUACCGAUUGUGUUAUUCAUUAUUAUCACAUCAAUCAGAUCUCAACAGCUGUCCGCAAGAAAACUCAAAAAUACUAGAUCAAUAAUGGUGCUCAAAACCAUGACAGAUCCAGUUUUGAGAUCUCUUUUCAAUGAAUUCUGCGUUGGUGAGACUGAACAUCAUUGUUUUGAAUUUUUGGAAAGUGUUCAACUAUUUAAGGAAAAGAAGGGAACCUAUCAAUCGACCAUUCGUCAAAUCAUGAAACAAGUUAAGGAGGGAAAUUUCAUAGAUGAUGAUACCAGCUCUUCAGAUACCAAUACAGCAGUCACCACACGAACAGAUUCCACAGAAUUUGGUUCUAUAGUUUCACUCAAUGAUCAGGAGCAAGCACUUCAAAUCUAUGAGCGAUUCUUAGCUCCAAACAGUUCCAAACGAAUCCAUUUCAAAGGUUAUUCGGGAAUUCUAUCUGUAAUUCAAUCAAAAGAAUUAGCUGCUGAUUUACAACAUGUAUUUGUGGAUGCUCAGAAAUUUGCAAGUGAACAUCUCAUUCCAGCUCACAAUUCCUUCUUGGGGAGUUUCACCAACAUUACCUCUCAUAAAAUUGAAAUGAUGAAUGAAUUUAGAAAGAAAUGGUUACAUUUCAAAUCCACUGAAACUUCCAAAAAGAGAAAAGAUCCAACCAAAUUCCAGCAACAAUCUUCUGGUCAAACUGAUUCAAAAUUGAUUCAAUAA